AUGUUUUAAUCAACUCCAAAACUCAAAUCAUACGCUUCAUAACAAUUGCUAUAAAAUACAUUGUAGUAGAAAUAAUUUUAGCAACCAAUAUUUGGAGAGCUAAAUCCUUCUACUCCCUAAAAGUUUAGCAUCGUCAAGAACUUAAAAGUGCUAAAUGCUCCAUCAUAACAAACUGAGAGUAGCUUUAGGCAAAGCAAUAGUAAGCGUAUCAACACUCAGGAGAGCCCAUCUGUUAAUAAAGAGAACAUUAGCAAUCGAGUGGAGACAUCUCAAAUAGAGAUCCAACUUAGACAUGUUUUGUAGGAGAACAAAAAGUUAAAUGAUUUAAUCCAAAAAUUGACCAGAGAGAAAUAAUAAUUGACAAUUGGAGACAAGAAUACUGAUUUAAUCCUCAUUAAACAAAGAGUUGAAAGACUCGAAUCAGUUAUAGAUUAGUAGAGCGAUGAGAUAGAGGAAUGGAAAAAAAAAUAUAAAGAAGUAUGUGAGUAAGACCAAAGAAGUAAUUCAAUAGAAUAAAUGGAAUAACAAAUGAUAUCAGUAAUAGAAGAAAAUGAAAAGAUAAAUGAGGAAAAAUUAAAAAUGCAACAAUAAAUCCGUAAUAUGGAAAAAGAUGUAUAGUAACUUAAAUAUCAAAUUGCGGAUUAAAAUAAUCAGAUAAUAGCUUAUGAAGAGGAAAGGAUUAAACUAUUAGAUCAAUUGAAUAAUAAUGUUAUUUCAGUAAAGCAACCCUAAUAAUAAAUGAAUAAUAAGGAUUACUUUUUGGAAUAAAUAUCGUUAUUAGAAAAUAACUUAUCUGAUCUAUAAUCAGCUUACAGUAUCUAAGUACUAGAUAAUUAAAAGUUGAAUUAAAUGAUUGUUGGCUUGAAUGAAGAAUUGCAACUUGUGAAUAAAUAAUUAGAAGAGGUGAAGAAGAAUCAUAAGAUAGAACCAAAUCAGAAAUUCUCAGUGAUGAAAUCCCUCUUAGGAAAACUUAGAGAAGAAGUGAAUAGUUGA